GCUGAAGCCAAGCAGACGCUGAGAAAUGAGUGUCAAACAGAGCCUCAUGACCCUUGCAAUGGUCCUGAAGGUUGCCGCAUCCGCCCUCAAAAUUGUUUCCAGUUUCAAUAAGUCUUUCUUGGUUCUAGUAACUGGGGUCGAUUAGCCACCGCAAAAGAAGUGCCUGCAUCAGGAUAUCAUGUGCCCUGACUUCCUUCUCCGAGCUGCGUUUGUCUUAGCUUUCCUGUCAGACUUCGUCAGGGAAGUUUUGAGUAACAAAACCUCGUGUCGAACUCACCUUCGAUAUCUACGAAAUGGCGAAUCCAAGACCCGUCUAUCUCUCCAACACUAGUUCAAACCUCGGUGCGCCUAAGAUUCCGUCAUUUCGGAACUUGACCAUAGAUCGAAAGCCACUAGAAAACUUCAAGAAAGCCGCAGAGAAAGAAGGUAAACGCAUAGAGGAGGAAAAAAGAGCUUCAGGAGAUUUAGGAUAUAACCUCCCGGCAUACAACAACCGACUGCCUUUACAUGUUUUCGAAUGGGAUCAGGAUGGUCUGAAUGGAACAGAGAUCUCGAAUAUACGAUGCGUCGGGGACCUCUUGGCAUUGGAUACUCCUUCAGUUCGUGUGAUAUUCGCCCCGCAAAGCAUUGCGCACCCUCAAUCAGUGAAGGGCAUGACGGAAUUGUUCGAGUACUUUGCCAUUCCAAGUGCCUUCAUCGCUGAAAGCCUUCAGCAGGUGUCACAAUCUUUCUGCUCUCGCAAGGAUGAGAAUGGAAACCAAUACACUUGGUUUCAUUUCCUAGCGAAGGACAUUGCAAUAUCAGACGACGACAAGCCUCGGAGAAUUGUGCAUCCGUCAGAGAAUAAGGACCAGCCAGAGAAGAAGACGUUAGCGCUGCACCCAGUUCAUCAACAGCGGGCUGCAAACCAGGCCGUAGAUGCACGUAGGCGUGCACAAGAACAAAGCCAGGCAAAUUUUACCUGGAUCAAAGCCGGAUUUCUCCUCAAAGUAGGGCAUCGAAAUGGCCGGUCGCUACCCCAGAGCCCCCAGAGACGCGGAACUACGACUACUAAUGAAAGCUCAACUACCCUCGCCCAGGAGGAGAAAUGCGUAACCCUGUUUUGCUUCGGCGCACCUUCAUCUCUUGGAGAUCGAUUCCGCGAGCUGGCCAGUUCCGCAAGUUCUGAAGACCUAAUCCAGGAUCCUUAUGCCCUUCUAGAGAUAGUUCUAGAGGAGAUGUACAAGGUAAUGGAUCGUGUCGGCUGGUUGGUAUCAGACAUUUUCGGGGAGAUUGAGACGAAAACUCUUGACAUUGCACGCACUCCUGGGAAAGCCGGGGAAGAGGUAAAAUUUCCAGGGCUGCACAACCUGGCAAAGCACACCAUAUACCUGCGCGAGAACUGCGAAUCAGCCCUUAGCACGGUCGAGAAUCUGCGCACUCACCACAUGAGACUCAUGCGCAGCGAUCCAUCAAUCUGGGAGACCUCGACUCAGAAUGCACUUGAAUACCGGAAGACUAUGUUUCAGUCCACACAACGACGUCUUGAGAGUCUCGAUAAGCGGAUGGCAAAUAUCCUCCAGCUCUCUUUCCAUUUGGUGACCCAAACCGACAGUCGGGUCAUGAUGUCGGAGAAUCAAAGUAUGAAGACGAUAGCUGUCAUGACGCUCAUCUUCAUGCCUCUUGGGACCGUUGCCAGCAUCUUCGGCACUCAGCUUAUUAAGCUGAAGGACGAUGCGCCGUUCCAUAUGCAAGUGUCACAAGACUUUUGGCUGCUGUGGGUUAUCGCUGUGCCACUAACGAUUGUGGUGAUGACUGUAUGGCGAGUGUGGUAUCGAGACGCGAAAGCACAAUUGAUUGAUGAGAACCCUGUGAGACCGAAGGGUGAGCGUGGUUAUAUGGGAUGGAAAACCGUGAGAAAUACGUUUAGUGGAUCAAAAAACACAAAGAAGAGCGCAGAUGAUAAGGUCUAGUUUUAUGCUAGAAAUAGCAAACUACAAUAUAAACAGACUGUUAAGUGUUACAAUAGGAAGUUAGCGUCUUAGAGGGAAGGUUGGAUGCAGAUAUUCGGAAAGCGCAAUAAUCUAGGGCUGG